CUGUAAGCAGCUACAUCACAGAAGUAACUCCACCAUUCAGGACCCACACUUGUAAUUUUCUAACACAUUCUCCCCUUCACAAAGAAACAAACCAUAUUAUAGCUACACGCAAUUAAAAUCAUCAACAACUCCCUAAGCAAUUCAGAUCCUAAUAUGUAGUUCUUUUUAGCUUUGAUAUAAGCUCUCUUUCUCCAAAGUCCAACUAUCCUCUCCUUGUUUGAAGUUAUUGAUUUGUGUGUGUUUUUAAUCAAAGGGUGCAAUGGAGCAAGCAGGGUAUUGGAUGUGGAGAAGGAGGAGAUCGGAUUGUUAUUAUGAAUCAUGGGAAGAGCAAGCUUUUGCAGAAGAUGCAGGUGAGGCACUGGGAGGGUGCAUAUGGCCUCCGAGGUCUUAUUCUUGCGGCUUCUGUGGGCGUGAGUUUAGAUCGGCUCAAGCUCUUGGAGGUCACAUGAAUGUCCACAGGAGAGAUAGAGCUCGGCUAAAGCAAUCCCCGCCCACUGAUCCCCAACAUGAUCACAAUCCCUUGUUCUCACCUUUGGGUUUUCAGUGCCAGCCUGAUCAUGAGGUUUGUAACUUUGCUCAUAACCCUAACCCUAAUUCUCUCCCACCUAGUAAAAAGAAUUGUCUUGAACAAACUUUAGUUCCUCCUUUAUCUUCACCAAUGGUCCAAGAAAGCCCCAACAAGUCCCCAAAGUCAUGGUCAAACUCGGCAGCUGACAGAUAUCACCAUUUCUCUCAUCUGAGGGCUGAUGACGGAGACAAGAGUCCAAGAAUCCUAGAAUCUGAAUGUAGGGUUAAAUCAGAUUAUGUCCAAACGACUGAUUUGUCUUCAAGCUUGAGUCUAGUUGUUCGAGAAACACGCCCUACUACGUCUGGUAAUAAACAAGACAUCACCGUCGGCUGCAAGAGAAAGAGAACUGGUGAUGAUCAUCAUACGCCCACGAACUUACCCUUGUUCCUCAAGCCGAUCUCAGCUGAGGACGACAUAGAUCUUGAACUAAGGCUUGGUCAUCAACCCAAGGUAAGCUAGUUUUAUCGCAAGACCAUAUAUACUUUCAAUCUGGUCUCCACAAAUGAUCACAUAUUUUCUGUGAGUGUAACCUCGUUUACAUAUCUCAAGACGUCUUUGCUUUGAGUUUGAUGAAUUACUCUUACAAGGUGUAACAAAAGUUGCAUAUAAUUG